AAAAAACAAAAUACAAAAUUAGCAUAUGACCAUAUGUAGUUGCAAAGAUAGCAGGAUUGAUCCAGAAAAACACACACACUAACAUAGUCACAUAGAUAGAUGAUGAAACCAGAACCAUGUUUGGGUUUGAUGAGCAUUAAUAUUGCUUUGAAGCUCACCCUUUUACUAUUAUUAUUGCUGAACUUUGUGGGUAUGAGUUUAGUUCUUAGUGCUGAUGACUAUAACAGAAAUGACUUCCCAACUGAUUUUGUCUUUGGUUCAGGCACUUCUGCUUAUCAGUGGGAAGGAGCUGUUAAUGAAGAUGGAAGAACUCCUAGCAUUUGGGAUACUUAUGCACAUGCUGGGUUUGUGCAUGGAGAUAAUGCAGAUAUAGCCUGUGAUGGCUACCACAAAUACAAGGAAGAUGUGAAACUCAUGGUGGAAACAGGCCUUGAUGCCUAUAGGUUAUCCAUUUCUUGGUCAAGAUUGAUUCCAAAUGGUAGAGGACCCAUCAAUCCCAAGGGAUUGCAAUUCUAUAACAAUUUCAUCAAUGAACUCAUUAGCAAUGGAAUCCAACCACAUGUAACACUGCACAAUUUUGAUCUUCCACAGGCACUCGAAGAUGAAUACGGAGGAUGGGUUAGUCCUAAAAUCAUAAGAGACUUCACAAACUAUGCAGAUGUGUGUUUCAGAGAGUUCGGUGACAGAGUCUUAUAUUGGAAUACUGUGAACGAGCCGAAUGUCUUCACCAUAGGUGGUUAUGACGAAGGAACAACCCCACCUACACGAUGUUCGCCCCCAUUUUGCAAGAAAUAUAACAGCAGUAGGGGUGACUCCACAACCGAGCCUUACUUGGCAGUUCAUCAUAUUUUGCUAUCACAUUCUUCAGCUGUGAGAUUGUAUAGAAGAAAGUAUAAGGACAAGCAACAUGGGUUUAUUGGCAUUGCAGUCUAUUCAUUCGGUUUCAUUCCUGCAAAUGAUACAGAUGAAGACUGGGCAGCCACUCAAAGAGCUCGCGAUUUUUUCAUUGGUUGGAUUUUGGGACCCUUGGUGCACGGAGACUAUCCCAUUUCCAUGAAGACUAAUGCAGGUUCCAGAAUUCCAACCUUCUCAGACCGCGAAUCUGCACAGUUGAAGGGUUCAUGUGACUUUAUAGGCGUGAUAUUUUACGACAACCUUAAUAUCACAGACAAUUCUAUCGCACUGAAGAGGAAUCUGCGAGACUAUGACACAGACAUGGCAGCACAGCUGAUCUUUGGACCGGCCUUGUUUUCGAAUGAAGAGUACCCUGUCACACCAUGGACUUUACGUGAAGAGCUGAAUAUCAUGAAGAUCCUUUAUGGCAAUCCUCCCAUAUUCAUAUAUGAAAAUGGUCAACGGACACCAAGGAAUUCAUCACUUCAAGAUGUGAAAAGGGUGGAAUACUUGCAUGGAUAUAUUGGUGCUGUGCUUGAUUCCAUAAGAGAUGGAUCAAACAUAAAGGGAUACUUUGCAUGGUCUUUCAUGGAUGUAUUUGAGUUAUUGGAUGGGUAUAAUGCAAGCUUUGGCCUGUACUAUGUUGAUAGGGAUGAUCCAAAGUUGAAGAGAUACCCAAAACUCUCUGCAGAAUGGUAUGGGAAUUUCUUGAAGGGUGGAAACACCUCUGGUGUUGGAGCCAUUGAACUAGAGAAAGAUUCAUCCCUUGUUUCCAUUGGCCGUUUGUCUCAAUAGCCACUUGAACUUGUUUAUAUAUAUAGGAGUUUCAUCUGCUCAUGCAGUUAUGCUUAAAUUUCACAAAUAGAUAUGGAUUUCCCAAAACAAAUAAUCAUUGUGUGUGGACUCUGUUCCUUUUCCCUUCUUAGUUCCUACCUAAAUUUUCUCUUUUUUU